AUCCGCAUGAUCCCGUUUCCCCUACCACAUUCAUCCCCUCCACACAUUUGAUUCGCCGAGUGACUCCCACGCCGCCGAAACUCGCUACUCGAGUGCUGACGGACGACCGUACGAUUUCUCGUCUCUCGUGAUCAGAAUCGAAUUUCCGAUUGUUCUCAAAGUAAUAUCACAGUGAAUAAAAAAAAAAGUGUAUUAAUUCGUUCCGCGAACGCUAAUUCAAUAAGUGGCAACCGCAUUCUAGACCUCGGUCUGAAGGUGUGCUUGCUGCCCAGUCAAGGAUAUGGGCAUGUGCAAGAUGCUGUGUAGUCUGCCAGGCGCGGCGAAGAUGCCCUUCGCUGUAAUCGUCCUGAUUACAAUCAUGAUUAACGUUGCUACUGCUGAGGAUGAGUCGAUGGGGCCGGUGUUUGUCAAGGAACCUCCAAAUCGUGUGGACUUCUCUAAUGGUACUGGAGCUGAAGUUGAGUGCCAGGCUCGAGGCAAUCCCCAACCGGAUAUCAUAUGGGUUCGUGCUGAUGGUACUGCUGUUGGUGACGUCCCUGGAUUGAGACAGGUUUUGCCGAAUGGCAAUUUGGUCUUUCCCCCUUUCCGCGCUGAGGAUUAUCGUCAAGAGGUUCAUGCCCAGGUUUAUAGUUGUCUGGCAACAUCUCCAGCUGGAUCAGUGCACAGCCGAGACGUCAACGUCAGAGCCGUUGUAUCGCAAUACUUCGAGGUUCAAGUAUACGACGUAUUCGCAAUUCGUGGUAAUGCUGCGAUAUUCAAGUGUCAGGUUCCCUCAUUUGUAGCUGAUCACGUAGACGUUGCGGGGUGGAUUGAUUCCGCAGGUGGAAAUUACCGGGCUGACGAUGAGGAAGCGCCUUACGAUGGUAAAUACUUGGUGUUGCCUUCUGGCGAAUUGCACAUCAGAGAUGUUGGACCCGAGGAUGGAUACAAAACAUACCAAUGCAGAACUAAGCACCGUCUCACUGGAGAAACAAGAUUAUCAGCUACUAAGGGACGACUUGUCAUCACCGAGCCCAUGGGCAGUAAAGCUCCGUCAAUACAUGGAGAAAAGGGGACUUUAAUUGAACGAAACACCGAACCCGUGGGCCAGGUAUCUCCUAAAUUUCCGAGAUCCGCAAAGUCCGAGUCUUUUGAUAUUAUCAAGGGGAGGGAAUUAAGGAUGUUGUGCGAUGCCCAGGCGUAUCCUCCACCGAAUUUCAGAUGGUACAAAUUUCUGAAUGGAACGACUCGUAGACAACCGGUACAACUUAACGAUCGAGUCCGUCAAGUCAGUGGAACUUUGAUAAUUCGUGAGGCACGAGUUGAGGAUUCGGGAAAGUAUCUUUGCAUCGUUAACAAUUCAGUGGGUGGUGAGAGCGUCGAGACUGUCUUAACUGUGACUGCACCACUUGGGGCGGAAAUUGAACCGCGAACACAAACCGUUGACUUCGGCAGACCCGCAACAUUCACUUGCAAUGUACGAGGAAAUCCCAUUAAGACUGUUUCAUGGAUGAAAGAUGGAAAGCCACUUGGACACGAGGAUUUGGUACUGAGGAUUGACAGUGUCAAGAAGGAGGACAAGGGAAUGUACCAGUGCUUCGUUCGAAAUGAUCAGGAGAGCGCCCAGGCAACUGCUGAACUCAAAUUGGGAGGACGAUUUGAACCACCCCAGAUUAAACAGGCAUUCACUGAGGAGACAUUGCAGCCGGGACCAAGUAUGUUCUUGAAGUGUGUCGCCAGUGGUAAUCCAACACCCGAAAUUACAUGGGAACUUGAUGGCAAGAGGCUGUCGAAUACUGAGAGACUCCAGGUUGGACAAUACGUCAAGGUCAAUGGUGAUGUCGUCUCGCAUUUGAAUAUAUCCAGCAUUCAUACCAAUGAUGGAGGGCUUUACAAGUGUAUUGCUGGAUCAAAGGUUGGCUCUGCUGAACAUUCUGCUCGUCUCAACGUCUACGGUCUCCCCUUCAUUCGUCACAUGGACAAAAAAGCCAUCGUCGCCGGAGAAACACUGCGCGUAACUUGCCCAGUUGCUGGUUAUCCCAUUGAGAGCAUCGUUUGGGAGCGUGACAACCGUGUUCUACCGAUCAACAGGAAGCAAAAAGUUUUUCCAAAUGGUACCCUCAUCAUCGAGAAUGUUGAAAGACACAGCGAUCAAGCCACCUACACAUGUGUCGCGAGAAACGCUCAGGGAUACUCAGCACGCGGUACACUCGAAGUUCAAGUCAUGGUUGCACCACAGAUAGCCUCAUUCUCCUUUGGAGAUGAGGCUGUAAACGCCGGAGACAUGGCAACAGUUCAAUGUGCAGCUGUCAAAGGCGAUCUGCCUUUGGAAAUUCAGUGGUCUUUGAACAGUCAGCCCAUUGACCCGGAUCAUCAUCGUGACAUCGUAGUGAGAAAGAGUGGCCAACGUGCUAGUACACUGACCAUUGAAUCAGUUGCAGCACGUCAUGCUGGUAUAUAUUCCUGUAGUGCUAGCAAUACAGCUGGCUCGACAUCCCACUCAGCCGAUUUAUCCGUCAAUGUUGCGCCACAGAUAGGUCCAUUUUCGAUGAGCGAUGGCCCAGCAAACUCUGGGGACAUGGUAUCCGCGACUUGUUCCAUCACAAAGGGUGAUUUUCCAGUGGAUAUCUACUGGCAGCACAAUGGAAAAAAUAUUGAUCACAGUUAUCCAGACGUUACUGUUACAAUAAUUAAUAAACACAUGAGUGCCAUCAGUAUCGAGUCUGUUGCUGCUAGGCACGCGGGGGUGUACAGUUGCAUCGCGAGAAAUCAUGCUGGCAAUGUCACCCAUUCAACGACACUCGCUGUCAAUGUGCCACCACGUUGGAUUCUCGAGCCAACCGACAAAGCAUUUGCUCAAGGAUCUGAUGCACGAGUUGAAUGUAAAGCUGAUGGGUUUCCUAAGCCUCAAGUCACGUGGAAGAGGGCUGCUGGAGACACACCGGGUGACUAUACAGACCUAAAACUUAACAACCCAGACAUCAGCGUAGAAGACGGAACUCUCUCCAUUAAUAAUAUCCAAAAAACCAAUGAGGGAUACUAUCUCUGUGAAGCUGUUAAUGGAAUUGGAUCAGGACUCUCUGCUGUUAUUCUCAUUUCAGUUCAAGCUCCACCUCACUUCGAAAUUAAACUUCGCAAUCAGACUGCUCGCCGAGGAGAGCCUGCAGUGUUGCAGUGUGAGGCCCAGGGUGAAAAGCCAAUUGGAAUCCUCUGGAAUAUGAACAACAAGAGACUCGACCCGAAAAGCGACUCCCGGUACACAAUUCGUGAGGAAAUUCUUGCUAAUGGAGUUUUGGCUGACUUGAGUAUCAAACGAACCGAAAGAAGUGACUCGGCGCUGUUCACCUGUGUGGCAACUAAUGCAUUUGGAAGUGAUGACACCAGCAUCAAUAUGAUCGUCCAAGAAGUGCCCGAGGUCCCAUACGGUCUGAAAGUUUUGGAUAAAUCUGGAAGAUCUGUUCAGCUAUCCUGGGCAGCCCCUUAUCAUGGCAACAGUCCCAUCAAACGCUACAUCAUUGAAUACAAAAUGAGCAAGGGAAGCUGGGAGAAUGAUGUUGAUCGUGUUCUGGUACCUAGCUCCCAACAAAAUGUGGCCAGUGUAUUUAAUUUGAGACCUGCAACUACUUAUCACCUUCGAAUUAUCGCUGAGAAUGAAAUUGGCACAUCUGAUCCCUCCGAUACAGUCACUAUUAUCACAGCAGAAGAGGCACCUUCAGGACCACCAAACGCUGUUAGAGUUGAAGCUCUUGAUCAACAUACUCUCAAGGUAACAUGGAAACCUCCAUCCCGUGAAGAUUGGAACGGGGAGAUCCUGGGUUACUACGUCGGCUACCGUCUAUCGUCCUCCGAGAAACCCUACAUGUUCGAGACUGUCGAAUUUUCCAAAGAGGACGGCAAGGAGCACCACCUCCAGAUAAUGAAUCUCAAAACCUAUACUCAAUAUAGUGUGGUAGUACAAGCCUUCAACAAAGUCGGUUCAGGUCCCAUGACCGAGGAGCGCCGAGCCCAUACCGCCGAAGGAGUCCCUGAACAGCCCCCUCAUGACACGACCUGCACCACCCUGACCUCCCAGACAAUCCGAGUUUCCUGGGUAUCUCCACCUCUCAGCGCAGCCAAUGGCGUUAUCACCGGAUAUAAAGUCAUCUACGGACCCUCAGACACCUGGUACGACGAGAAUUCUCAAGACACCAAGAUCACCUCCUCCAGUGAGACAAUCCUCCAUGGUCUGAAGAAAUACACCAACUACUCGAUGCAAGUUCUGGCUUUCACCUCAGGAGGUGACGGUGUGAAAUCCGCCCCAAUUCACUGUCAGACUGAACAAGACGCGCCUGAAGCUCCUAUUGCAGUAAAAGCCCUUGUCAUGUCCCCGGAGUCGGUCCUCGUGUCGUGGAGACCCCCAAGCCAACCGAAUGGAGUCAUCUCCCAGUACACCAUCUACACGAAAUCUGACAAUGCCGAGGAAGCGAUUAGCCAGAAAGUUCCACCAAAUCAACUGACCUACGAAGCCACUGGACUCGACAAACAGAGACGCUACGACUUCUGGGUAACCGCCAGUACCAACAUCGGAGAGGGAGAGGCCUCGAAAAUUGUGUCGUUGGCCCCCAACACUAGAGUUCCAGCCAAAAUCGCUUCCUUCGACGAUAAAUUUACUGCGACUUAUAAAGAAGAUGUCAAGUUACCGUGUCUUGCUGUUGGAGUACCAGCGCCUGAGGUCACCUGGAAGGUUCGCGAUGCUAAGCUCCAGCCCAGUGACAGAUUGAGACAACUACCAGAAGGAUCACUGUUCAUCAAAGAAGUUGACAGGGCUGACGCAGGAGAAUAUUCGUGCUAUGUUGAAAAUUCAUUUGGACAUGAUACCGUGACACAUCAGCUGAUUGUUCAAGCCCCACCUCAUUCUCCUCAAAUUAGUUUCACAAGUACCACGACGAAUUCAUUGACCAUGAAAUUACGGCCUCAUCCUGAUGACAACACACCCAUUCAUGGAUACACUAUUCACUAUAAACCUGAGUUUGGAGAGUGGGAUACCGUACAGAUCAGCUCUAGUGUGCAAAAAUAUUCACUUGAAAAUCUGUUCUGUGGCUCAAGAUAUCAAAUUUAUGUCACUGCUUACAAUGGAAUCGGAACUGGAGAUAGGUCUGACAUACUCAAUACCAGAACCAAAGGAUCUAAACCGAUCAUCCCGGAGGCUUCCCGGUUCAUUGAAGUUUCUACGAACAGCAUUACACUGCAUCUCAAUGCUUGGUCUGAUGGAGGAUGUCCUAUGCUCUAUUUUGUGGUUGAAUACAAAAAAAAAUCUCACGCAGAAUGGAUACAAGUAUCGAACAACGUUAAACCCGGUGGCAAUUUCGUAGUUCUUGAUCUAGACCCAGCGAAUUGGUAUCAACUUCGUGUGACAGCUCACAAUAAUGCAGGAUUUGCAGUAGCAGAGUACGAGUUUGCAACUUUAACUGUAACUGGAGGUACCAUUGCACCACCCGUACGUAAUGGUGGCACCGAAAAUACAGAUGUUAGACGUUUCUUCCCCUGGGUACCAACCUGGCUCGAUGUUAAUGUUGUGGUUCCGGUUGGAGCGACUAUUGUUGUCAUUGUCGUCGGCAUUGUCGUUAUCUGUGUUGCAUUAUCACGACGAUCCCGAGGACCUGAACAAACCCGGCUGCGAGGUGUCCCGUCUGGCGAUGAGAAAUAUUACGAAGGACAAUAUGAUGUCGUUUACCAGCAGACUGGUGCUAUUGGUGCUACUCUAGACAAGCGAAGGCCCGACCUCCGUGACGAACUCGGAUACAUUGCUCCACCAAAUCGUAAAUUACCACCUGUACCCGGCUCAAACUACAAUACUUGUGAUCGCAUCAAGCGAGGUACAGUCAUAACAUAUGUUGAAACAGGUGGAACAGGUUCAUUUAGAAGCCAUUCGACGUGGGAUCCACGACGUCACAUGUACGAAGAACUGUCACACUGUGCGCCAAAUCGCAGAUGUCCGCCCCCACCUCUGAUAGCCAGUACAGACGCUUUAUCUCACAGAGGCAUGGAGGAUGAAAUUUGUCCCUACGCAACAUUCCAUUUACUUGGCUUCCGAGAGGAAAUGGACCCAAGCAAGGCGAUGCAAUUCCAGACAUUCCCACACCCUGCCAAUGGACAUUCUGGUACUAUGGGGCCUCCAGCUGGUCAUCCAACUAAUGCAUCUGCCCAUAGCCGAUCUGGAUCUCAAUCAAUGCCAAGACAGAAUGGUAGAUAUUCCCGAGUGCCAUCUCAGGGAGGCCAGACAGUUUUCUCUCCAGAAUACGAUGACCCUGCUAAUUGCGCACCUGAGGAGGAUCAAUAUGGCUCUCAAUAUGGACAGUAUGGAGCUCCCUAUGAUCACUAUGGAUCGCGAGGUUCGGUGGGACGUCGCAGUGUAGGAUCUGCUCGUAACCUUCCGCUAUCGAACUCCCCUGAACCUCCACCACCACCACCAAGGAACCACGACCAGAAUAACUCGAGUUUUAAUGACAGCAAGGAGAGCAAUGAGAUCAGUGAAGCUGAAUGUGAUCGUGAUCAGCUUCAGAUGAAUCGUAAUUAUGGCGUUAAUGCCCGUGGCAAGGAUGGCAUGACAACCGAGGAGAUGCGCAAGCUUAUCGAGAGAAACGAAGUUACCGGCAGGCAAGCAACCUCCUCCCACGGGAGUCACGGGGGACUCCUCACACCCUACGAUACUGUGGCAGUGUAAUCUGUAAAAUCACCGAUAAACCAUAACUAUUCGUCUUGAAAAUCAACAUCUCCCAAAUUGCAUCACCUUGAGAAUCAACUCCCGUUAUCAACCGUAACGCCGAGAUUGAUAUGUUAUAAUCAUCAUUAACAUCACGCGUAAUCAAUGAUAAAACAGAUUUUUAUUCCUCCCUUACAACGAUUCAAAUUAAUCUAACUUUUGCCAUCUUUCAUAGAUAGGUUUUUGAUUAAGAAUUUAUGUAUAUUUAUACUAUAUACAUACAUUGGUUAUUGGUGUGAUAAUUUUUUUUUAUGUCUCUUCAUGCGCAAUCUUGGAUUUUAUUUUCAUUAUUCUGAUGACGACCAUGAGUGAAAGAUCGAAUAAAAGUACAUGAAAAAAUGGAAAUAUCGGGCAUCGUUAAGUAGGGAUUGCGCUUAAAGAAAUGAGUAACAUAUAUUUUAAGUCUAAUGUAUUUCGGAACAAUUGUAGAGAUAAAAUGAAACUAAUUUGUUGCUCCUUACGACCAUGGUUGUGCCACACUGCCGCUCUCUCAUAGGCAAAACUCAACGAUAAAAUAUAUUCAUUUGAAUUUCCCUUCUAUUUCGUAACGAAGGUUGUGCAUCUGCUGAUAACCCUACAGAAAUUAAUCAUAAUAAUAAUAAAUGGAAGAAGUACGCGGAUGCCCUUUAGUAAUGCUUAAGUCUCUCGAGGCUCUAGAUGUCAUGUAGAAUUAUCCAAAAAUGUUGUCGUUAUUGUCGUCCAUUCGCACACAUGUUCUUCCGUUGCGUUAGAACGUCAUCAUACAUAUUGGCUUGUAUGAGAAUGAGAGGUGUAAGAAUGUUUAGGGACAUGCGAAUUGGGAGGAAAAUUGAUAAGCGUUUUGUACGCCGGAUUAAUUCGACGCCUCUCCUCACCCAAUAUUUAAUCCACUAUCCCUGCACCUUUUCACAAUUAUACAUAAAAUAUAAAUACAUUAUAAUAUAUAAAUAAUUAUUGAUUGAUCAUAAUAAAUGCGACGACGAUGUAACUAGUUUUUAACAGACUCAAGCCAUUGGAGUAUGAUAUACAUUGAUAUUAUUCAUGGUUGAACAUAUGUAGAAUAGGACUCAAUGGUUAGUAGGUAAAUAACGAAAAAAGGAGAAUUACAAUAUUGAAAUGAAAUUGAUGACGAUGAAAUCUUAGUUGAGUGGUGAAUUGAAACUGCCAUUGUAAUUCUCCAAAUUUCGUUUUUAUCUUGACGAAAAGCACUUGAUACUCGUUUUAGCAUAUUUAACCUAGAUAUUUAGGUCGCAUUUAUUUAAUCGCCGUUUUUACAAGUGGGUCAGACGGUAAUUCAUACAAAAUUGCCGUACACCGAAUUUAGGAGAAUGAGGAAUGAUGACUAGAUUUUCAUUCAUUAAAGCAUAUGAAUGACACUGAAAAUCUCAAUAUUUGCCAUUUAAGACUUGCGUGAUAAGUAGCCAAUCAUUAGAAUCAUUUACUCGAUAAUCAAUCGAUUAUAAUGAGUAACGAAUAAAAUUCCUCCUUCUCCGGCUUCGGUUUCGCCGUAUUCUUUUCUAAUCAAUGUGAUUUACGAAAAUGCUGAGCAAGUUUGUUCGUGUAUCGUGUCUGUGUUAAGCAAAAUUGUGCAACCCAAGAUAUAGCUGUUCGCUCUCCUAUUAAUAAUAAAUAAUAUUAAUGCCAACAAUACUACAACUAUUAUACUAAACGGAAGUAAACGAGAAUUAGAAUAAGAGUACAAUUGUAAUAGAUAUUACCACUUAAUUUCGUGAUGCUUGAAAUACUUUUCACUCAUUGUUAUGUAUUAUGUGCAACAACUAUCGUUCAAUCUAUAGUCCCUCCUCUCAAUCGCUAAUUAUUCAAGAUUAAAUGGUUGGAAAGUGGAGAAUGAAUCCAUUCGAUAAAACAUAUAUGAAAUAUGUUAAUUGCAUUUCAAUGGAUAUCAAUGUUUCAUGACCUGCCAAUUUUGAAAGUGCUUCUGCUUCCUAUUAUUAAAUUAUCUUUUUUACAAGUGCGACUAGUGUAUGCACUUUAGUCAUCCGUACUUCAUUUGUUGCAUUAUCAAUCGUGAGCAUGAAUUUUUUGAAAAAUAAAUUCUGGUUCCGAAUCCUCUGUUGAUUGCGUUCACAAUUUUCGAUUGUCAUUGAAUUUGUAAACCUUGGAUAAACUGAAUUUCGAAUUUUUGGAACAGAGAUCAAUUGGAUGUCUAUUUUCAGUGCCACAAUUUUAUGUUUUUAUACCAAAGUUGUACUAUCUAACUUACGUUGAAUAAACAAUACAUAAAACCAA